UGAUGUGAAUUGUCCGGUUGUAACCUGCACUGACAGCAUCGCCGGAACAUCGUGUACAGAGGAAACAUCUCUUUACGGUAUGAAAGUAAUGUCCGCUAAUUACUUUAUGCAGCCUCAGGUUGUUUUAUAGGUGACCAACACACCAUGCACCUACUAGCACCGGCCUACAGCCCCACCUGCAGCUGAGCCUCCCCUCAGCCUGAGCUCCAGUAUCAAACACCAUGGAUCCUGACCAGCAUACCAAAGCUGUUACCCAGCCUAGUGCAGAAAACUUUUCAUGGGACUACCGCGUCCAGCUUAUCGGCCUGGGCUUUGCCUUCUAUGCCGGAAUAUUCCUCCUCUCCCACCUCCUGUCUGUGGCAUUGACCCGCACCUACAACUCCCUGGUGGCUAAGGAGAAAGUUUUCUGGAACCUCGCAGCAACUCGGGCGGUGUUUGGCAUCCAGAGCACCGUAGCCGGUCUGCGGGCCCUGACUGAGGACUCUGCGUUAACCAGUGACAGAGUGAAGGGGCAAGCAGAUUGGUCGUGGUUCAAUGUCCUCACAGCCACAGGUUUCUUUGUGUUUGAGAAUGUAGCACUUCACGCCUCCAGCGUGGUGUUUAGGUCAUUUGACCUCCCACUGGCGACGCACCAUUUCUUCGCCCUGACAGGAUAUGCAGGAGCAGUGGUGUGGGAUUCUAUGGGCCACUUCCUGCCGAUGGUUACGUUGCUGCUUGAGAUGAGCACACCAUUCACCUGUAUAUCCUGGAUGUUACUGAAGGCUGGCUGGGCACGCACCCUGUUUUGGAGAGCCAACCAGUGGGUGAUGAUCCACGCCUUCCACUGUCGCAUGGUGCUCACUUACUACAUGUGGUGGGUAACCUUGAACCACUGGGGAGAGCUCAGCAGCAAUGUGGCCGUGCCCCCACUGUUUAUUUACUUAACUGGCCUCACUCUGCUCACGUUUAUCCUCAAACCCAUCUGGACGCACAAGAAGACCAUGCAGCUGUUUAAUCCUGUGGACUGGAACUUUGGAAACAAGCUGGUACCCGUAAACAGUACCACAGAGGGUCAGUCUGAGGUUUCAGUCAAACCCCACGCCAACUGAGGGACACCAUUUUCUAUCUGAAAGAUGCCUUAUUUUUUCUUUUUUAAUGGAUGUGUGAAGUGACUUUUAGAAGGGUGGUUUUAAGAAGGUUGUUUUUAUGGUUUAUUCUAUUAUAAAACUUCUUUUUUUUUUUUUUUUUUUUUUUUUUACAAAGUAAGUCCCUUGGCUAUAAAUGAACUAAAACCCCAACAGGUAAUUGUGACUGUCUGGUACUAUCCAGCUAAAAUGAAGGAGUCUCUCUCUGUCUGUCUUUCAUUUUUCCUGACAGCCAUUUCACUUCACACUUGGCUGGUGUGUUGCUGAAGAUCCAAGGAAGUGCGGUGUCAACUGCAAGCUCUGGACAUCUACGGGACAUAUUAAUUAAAAGUGCGUUACUACUGCCAGAAGUACACACUAUGUAGUGUAUUGAGAGGGGACCCCUAAUAACAGUUACACAACUGAACGACCUGUUGGGUACAGCUUGUUCUUCGUCGCUCUCUACACUACAUUUAAGAACAGAUGAAAGUAGAGCAAGUUAAGAGACUGCGUUGUAGCAAAUGCUAACAUUUCAAGCAUCAGAGAUGCAACUUUGGAAAUGAAUGCUUUUGUUCCUGAAGAUAACCGGGCCUUGACUCCAUGAGACUAUAAAAUGUUUGUGUGAGUUUUUGCACCCUGAUGUUAAGUAAAUAUACUCUGGCAUUGCUAGGCGAUGCAACCAUGUCAUGGCAGGUGUAUUACUCAGGACCCAGGGAAGCGCAGUGUUGAGUGUGAAGUCGUUUGCAUGUAUGGUUCUUGAGCAACAGUACCAGAGGCCAAGCAAUUUGCCUGUUUAAACAGGCACAUUUUGACAAGCGCUGCACCAGUCUUGAUGAAGUUUGCUGCAUUGGCUUCCCUUAGAGUUUGAGGCAGUUUUCAAGUUGUUUUUUCCAUCUGGUUAGCUUAGCUUUUAACAUGGGUGUGGUUGUUUAGGGCAGUGGAAUGGGGCCCUGCUUGUUUCCAUCACCCUCAGGACACCGAGCUGUGAAAUAUCCAGUUUACCAGUCAUAUAUUACACACAUACAGUAUUUAUAGAUGUAAUGCUUGAAGAGGUAUUUAUUACAUAGUAUCUUCUUCUACCCAUAGAUCAAGUCGGGUUGAUCUAUCAGGUAAAAGAAGGCCGGGAACAUGUUUUGUGGGGAUGGGACAUUAUUUUCAGAGGAGGUUAUAGUCUUUCUUAGUAGUGAUGAAAUGCCCUAGUUGUCAAAUCACAUCAAUGAUUUAUCCUUUCUCAUGCACAGUGCCAUUGGAGCUCUUACAGCAAACAUUGUUAUUCAGCACUGAUUGGGCAACGUAGGCAGGAAAAUUGGUUUAAGUUUAAAGAAUGAGGUUCUAUAGGUUAGUCAUUGGAGUUAUUACAUACUAAGUGGACAAUUAGAUCAGUCCAUUCAUGAGUCACAUUGGUGUCUUUGGACUGUAGAGAGAGAAAUAUUUCUUGAAAGGCCUUUAUUUGUGGAACAAAGUGCAGGACUGGUUCACUCCAUAAAGGCUCUUUUGACCAAAAUGGAAAUGUGAUGUUGCAAAACUGAAGCACUGCUGAUACAGAUUAACCAAGCAAAGUAUUGAUCAUGAUGAUUUAAUUGGUAUUAUGCAUCAAAUAAAGUUUUGUUUCUAUUUAUGCAACACAAUUUCAGUAACUAUUGUUGUGUGUUUUUAACACAAUGGCCUCAUUGUACUGGAUGCCUCGGCCUUGUGCGUUGGGUUUGUCCAUUGUUAUACUGUAUCAUGUGUGUGUCCCUCUUCUUGCAGUUGUGUUUUUUUUUAACAGGAUAACAGCUCAUGUAAUUAUGUUUUUUAAGUUCUACAAAAUUCAGACAUUUAAUUUUACCAUCUGUAUCUAUGAUUGAAUGUAACAUUUUGAGCUGGCCCUGAGGGCUGACUCAAAGUAUAAAUGUGGCUUUUCAGCUUCAUCCACAUAACUGUAAUCUGCCUCAAAAAAAAAAAGGCGUCACAAUGACUGAGAUGAAGCUACACCUUGUCCUGCAGAGUAAACUAUUUUGUACUAUUGAGCACAUGCUGCAAACUCAGUGACUGUGUCAACGCAUAUAAGUUUAAAGCUAAUUUAUUUAUAACAUUUGACAGUAUUUUCAUCAGGUCCUUUAUAAACAGACAUGAAAAUAAUUGUUCUGUAACUGUUCAUCUGUUCUAUAUUAUUACUACUAAUAUUACUAAUAACAGAUGUUUGCAUUUCAAUUUGUUAUAACAGCUUAGAAAUUAACAUUACGGGAUGGGUAGAGAAUUUCCUGUUAACUCUAAGGUUUAACAUCCUGCUUGUGUUGGAGAAUGUAUUAAUAUGAAUUAGUUUCAGUCACAAAAUAAAAUGUUGCCUCUCUCAUAGA